CACAGCUCUCACGAAAUCAAAGCAACGAAUUAUUCAUAUUAACUAUCUAGUUCAAGAUAGCAGCAGCCUCUAACAAACAAUCAGCCAUACUCGACGUCGAACAUAUUAAGGUCGAACAUAUUAAACACGUUCAGCUACUUAUCCCUAACACAUUCUUGCCCUCAGCCCACCAUGUCUGGAACGACUGCCAACCUCGCCGCGGUGCUGCCGUCCGCCGGAAGCAGCCUCGUCAUCCAGGAGCGCCAGAUUCCUUCUCCCGGCCCGGAUGAGGUGCUGAUCCGGAACUACGCGAUUGCGGUGAACCCGGCCGACUGGAAGCGGCAGUUCCUCGGCAUGUACAUCAGUUCGUAUCCGGUGAUCCUCGGCAUGGAUGUCGCGGGCGUCGUCGAGGCAGUCGGCUCCGACGUCACCCUGUUCAAGAAGGGCGACCGCGUGCUCGGCAGCGCCCCGGGCACCAUCACCAACAACCCGGACCAGUCGGGCUUCCAGAAGUACACGGUCGUGCAGGCCACGGCGACGACCAAGCUGCCGGACGCCAUCAGCUUCACGCAGGCCGCCACGCUGCCCUCGGCCGUCCUCACCGCCACCGUCACGCUCUUCAGCGCGCUCGACGUGCCCCUGCUGCCUCCAUCGCCGCAGGGGGAACCCUCCUCUUCCGGUGGUGGUAAGGGUAAGGGUAAGGGGGGCACGGGCAUCCUGGUGUGGAGCGGCGCGUCGUCGACGGGGAACGCGACGAUCCAGCUGGCGCGGCGGGCGGGGCUGACCGUGUUCGCGACGGCGAGCCCGCGGCACCACGCGGCCGUGCGGGCGCUGGGCGCGGCCGAGGUGGUCGACUACCGCUCGCCGACGGCGGCGCGCGACCUGGCCGCCGCCGCCCGCCGCGCCGGCGUCGACGUCCGCCUCGCCGUCGACCCCUUGUCCACCGCCGAGACCCUCCCGCUCGUGCUGGCCGCGCUCGCCGAGCUCUCGUCCGCCUCCGGCUCCUCCGGCCCCUCCGGCCCCUCCGGCCCCUCCGGCCGGAAAAAGCUGCGCCUGGCCCACCUGGGACCCUGGCCGGACCAGGUUGAGCGGCCGGCUGACGUCGACGCCGUCCCGGUGAGGGCCCUCGAUGCCUGGACGAGCCGUCGCGACCUGGCCGCCCGCGUCUUCAACGACCUGCUCGGAACCUGGCUCGAGACGGGCGAGUUCGUGCCCCAGACGCCCAGGGUCGUCGACGGUGGGCUGGAAGGACUGCAGACCGCGUUGGAGACCCUGAGGAACGGGGUCAGUGGAGAGAAGUUGGUUGUUGAGGUUUGA